AUGUCUCCAAAACUUCGAAAAAUUCUUUCAAUUCUUCUGGCUAUUUUUGUAUUUUUCUGUUUGCACAAAUAUUAUUGCCUAAAGAAACGCGAAGAUUUUUGGAUGCAAGUGCAAAAUGCAAACUUUGCUAAUGGUUCAAGUAGAAUUUUAGAGAAGUUUUGCGAUUUGGAGUGUGUUUAUGUUGUUGAUGUUUUGGUGGAUGAACCACAAAAACAUGUUUUGCGAGCAGUUACCAAAGAAGAUCAAUAUAUCGGAUCAUUUGUAGGUUCUUCUAUAUUGAAAACUGAUGAAAAUGAUAUUGAUACUUCAAACUGGCAAGUUGAUCAUAGUUUGGCGGCGCCUUAUUCGCAAAUCCCAUUAGAUAUCCUGCUCAAAUCUGGAGCUAUUCCACACGAAGGUCAUGCAUUGAUUUAUGGUGUUGCGACUGGAGGAACAUAUAUGUUUUUGCAAAAUCUUUUUCCAAAAAUAACAAUCACCGGGCUCGAAAUCAACAAGCAAAAUAUAAAAAUCGGUAGAAAAUGGUUCGAUUUCAAAGUCAAUGAUGAAAAUGAGUUUUUGGAGACAAAUGUCUUGGAUUAUGUGAAAACAUCUAUCGACAAAGCACAUCAACCAAAUCUAAUCCUUGCUGAUGCUUGUAUUGAUCUUCAUUGCCCUCCGAAAUCUUUGUUAUCUUAUGAAUUUAUAAGAAAUCUUCGCAAAAUCAUGAAGUCUAAUGGCGUUUUAUCGAUGAAUAUUCUGACAACUCGUGAUGAUUUCAAAGAAGUAUAUCAAAAUAUUAAAGAGAAAUUCUUGAUGUAUUUUGAAGCUUGUGAUGUCACUCAGUUGCAUGAGUACAAAAAUGCAAUUUUAAUUUGUUAUUGUUCGAAGAAAUGA